ACAAUUUAAGCUCACGAUCACUCACUCUGGAAGAACACAAUUUACUCUCUAAAGGACUCUCCUUCGCCCCGACACCGACACUAGACACCACGGAACAAUAUUUACAAUUACUAAGAAACUUUAACGAUUUUGCACGAUCCCUCAGAUCAAUAUACACCCACGCAACUCACAAAUCUGACAAAAGACCUUCUGAUAUACCACAACCAGAACACACCGACAGAUCCUUUCUCUACAGACGAAUGAAGUUCCUCCCCAAAUCCAACUACGUAACAUACACACAACAUUACUCUGGAAAACCAACACUAGAAGCAUAUAUAGACCAAACUAAGACAGACCUGAACGAAAACCUACCAACUAUCUACAAACAAAGAAAACCCAACCUCACCAAACAAGUACGUCAUGCCAAGGCAAACCUAAAAAAACAACGAACAAUUAUCACAAUAAAACCAGCGGACAAAAACCUUGGUAUAGUAAUAAUGGACACAGACGACUACUUACACCAAUGCUCCACUCUACUAGCUGACAAGACCACAUACAGACUCGCGCAAGAAUAUCCUACUACAGACAUACAACGGAAACUACAGAACACUAUUUCCUCUUUCGCACCACAAAUCAAAUCAUUGCACAAAGACCUAUACAACACCCUAGUCCCUAACAUCAAACACACACAACCUCCUAAGUUCUAUGGAAUCCCUAAAAUACACAAGCAAUUUACAACACUACCCCCUGUACGGCCAAUCGUCUCACACUCCAACUCGAUUUUAUCCCCCUCUGCUUCUUUUAUAGAUCACAUAUUACAACCCAUCGCACGACACUAUCCAGAUUACCUGCACAAUUCUACGCUCCUGCAAAAAACACUUCAAGAUUUACAUGUACCUGAUGACGCCAUACUAGUCACCAUCGACGUAGAAAGCCUCUACCCCUCCAUACCACAGACAGAAUGCAUCAACAUAAUAUACAACGAAAUGCACAAACACAAAGAACUAUUACUCUGUGACCCCAACCUCAUCAUAAGACUACUUCACACACACAUCAACUAUAACUAUUUCGAAUUCUCUACACUAAUACUCCAGCAGACCAAAGGCACAGCCAUGGGAGCUUCAUUCUCUCCAACAAUCGCCAACAUAUUUCUCUCAGUUACACUCGACCUUUUCCUACGAACACAACAAUCUAAACCUCUCCUACUAAAACGAUACAUAGACGACAUACUCCUCAUCUGGCCCCACUCUUUAGACAAAUUGAAUGCAUUCCUCACCGCACUUAGCACUUAACACAUUCCACCCAUCACUGCACUUCACUCACAAUUACUCUAGCACAGAAAUCGACUUUCUAGACAUCACUAUUUUCAAACACCACACUUUUUUUGAUACCAACAUACUAGACACGAAAACAUUUCAAAAA